CACUCGCGAGAGUUCCGCGACGCAGCAAUGGCGGGACCGUGAGUGCCGCUGACGGGACUCAAAGAAAACGGGCUGGACGGGUUUGGGACGAGAUCGGGCUACUAGGGUCCCUACGGGCCACUUUUCCCUGGAGGGUGUGGCGGCUGGGGUCGUGAAGCCACUGUGGGGCCGGACGGCCGCCGGCGACCUAGCUCCCGCCUCUUCCCCAGAUGCCCCGCCACUGCUCUGCCGCCGGCUGCUGCACACGGGAUACGCGCGAGACGCGCAACCGCGGCAUCUCUUUCCACAGACUUCCCAAGAAGGACAAUCCGAGGCGUAGCCUGUGGCUGGCCAACUGUCAGCGCCUGGACCCCAGCGGCCAGGGCCUGUGGGACCCUGCCUCUGAGUACAUCUACUUCUGCUCCAAACAUUUCGAGGAGAACUGCUUUGAGCUGGUGGGAAUCAGCUGCUCUGAUGAUGUCCACAUCUUCAUUCUUUUUACCUCUUCAUGCUGAUGUCACCUGCUUUCCUGUGAAAGAAGCCUCAGGACCUGCCAUUUUGCCUCUCAGCUCAUCUGGGAGGCUGGAACUUGCCCCUGGCCUUGGCCCUGGCAGCCUCUUUGUAGAGUUUCUAGGCCCUUAGGUGCCCAGCCCUCACCAGAGCAGCACUGUUCCUCUCUCAGACUUUGGCCUUUCUCCCACUAAGGUUUCUUGGUAUACCUUGCUGCCACCCAUCAGAGGCUGUGUUCUAAAUAUCCAACUUCCAGAUGGGCAGUGUCAUGUAAAAGACCCACUGCCAUCUCCAUGCUUGCAGGCACAGGAGCAGUGAUUAAGGCUGCAGCUGACUAAGCUGGAUCGGCGUAGGCAUAGGCAGAUGCCUGUCAGACUCUGAAGGAACAUGUAAAGGACUUUUGCCAUGCAGCUGAGUUGCAGUGUGCCUGAGGGAAGAUUCACUCAUCAAGGCUAAAGCUUCUUCCGUCCUUAGUAUCUGUCAGCACAUGAUCAAAAUUGCAUCCAUGGGCUGGAGUUCUGGUAGAGCUCUUGCCUAGCUUGUUUGAGGCACUAGGUUCGAUUCUCAGCAGCACAUAUAAAUAAAUGAAUAAAAGAAAGGUCUAUCCAUAUCUAAAAAAUAUAUUUUAAAAAUUGCAUCCAGG